AUGAUUUUCCUAGCAACAUUAGUGAUUAUGGUGAAGAUAGUGUCGGUUGAGGUUAUGGUUUUCCCAGCAAGCAAUUGUGACUUCAGUGUGUCAGUGCUGCCACAUCAGGUGUAUGGCUUUAACAAUCCCCAUUUUCCGGGCACCUACACUGCCGGUGUAACCUGUCGUUGGAUAUUUGACUGUCCUGAAUAUACCUGUCGAGUGCAGUGUCGCGAUGUUGGACUUCCUAAAACACAAGGAUGUUUUAUGGACAGACUUCUGGUCUCCAUUACUGGCAAUUUAUUCUUCGAGGGCGCAGAAGUGUUCUGCGGCCGAACUUCUAUCAAUACCACAUCUAUUGGUACCAGGAUAACAAUUGGAUUAAUGUCACGUGCAAUGAGCCCCGGUGGAAGGUUUAGAUGUACAGUGAGAACCGAGCCUUUUCAACAUCCAUGGGCCAAAUUUGCCCAUUCACCAAAUGAGAUCAUUUCUGACGAGAAACGGCGGUAG